UUUCAGUACCAAAAGCAGUAACCCCGAGCUACACUCGGGCUUACCAUGCGGCGUUGCAUAGGGAUUCCCUACAGCGCUUACCUUGUCCUUCGCUCCCCUGAUGCGUCCCCUGCAGCGUCCCCGGCCAUCUCCUCCGGCCGAUGCCGGCAUCUGGCUUCCGUGUUCCGGUCCCUGUGACGUCGGGACGUACAGGCGCCGGAACCGGUGGCAAAUGUGAAAAUUUAAAAAAAAAUUUAAUUUUUAAUAAAACGAUUAUUUCAUAUGCUUUGUCCUGUGCCCUGCCUGCAUUUUUACUGUUCUUUCUG